AUGUGCACUCAAAGUGCAUUCUCAGCAAAGAAACGCCAAGAGGUGGCAGAGAGGUGGCAGAGAGGAGGCAGAGAGGAGGCAGAGAGGAGGCAGAGAGGAGGCAGAGAGGAGGCAGAGAGGAGGCAGAGAGGAGGCAGAGAGGAGGCAGAGAGGUUGCAGAGAGGUGGCAGAGAGGAGGCAGAGAGGUGGCAGAGAGGAGGCAGAGAGGAGGCACAGAGGUGGCAGAGAGGUGGCAGAGAGGAGGCAGAGAGGAGGCAGAGAGGAGGCAGAGAGGAGGCAGAGAGGAGGCAGAGAGGAGGCAGAGAGGAGGCAGAGAGGAGGCAGAGAGGAGGCAGAGAGGAGGCAGAGAGGAGGCAGAGAGGAGGCAGAGAGGAGGCAGAGAGGAGGCAGAGAGGAGGCAGAGAGGAGGCAGAGAGGUGGCAAAGAGGAGGCAGAGAGGAGGCAGAGAGGAGGCAGAGAGGAGGCAGAGAGGAGGCAGAGAGGAGGCAGAGAGGUGGCAAAGAGGAGGCAGAGAGGAGGCAGAGAGGAGGCAGAGAGGAGGCAGAGAGGAGGCAGAGAGGAGGCAGAGAGGAGGCAGAGAGGAGGCAGAGAGGAGGCAGAGAGGAGGCAGAGAGGAGGCAGAGAGGAGGCAGAGAGGAGGCAGAGAGGAGGCAGAGAGGAGGCAGAGAGGAGGCAGAGAGGAGGCAGAGAGGAGGCAGAGAGGAGGCAGAGAGGUUGCAGAGAGGUGGCAGAGAGGAGGCAGAGAGGUGGCAGAGAGGAGGCAGAGAGGAGGCAGAGAGGAGGCAGAGAGGAGGCAGAGAGGAGGCAGAGAGGAGGCAGAGAGGAGGCAGAGAGGAGGCAGAGAGGAGGCAGAGAGGAGGCAGAGAGGAGGCAGAGAGGAGGCAGAGAGGAGGCAGAGAGGAGGCAGAGAGGAGGCAGAGAGGUAGCAGAGAGGAGGCAGAGAGGAGGCAGAGAGGAGGCAGAGAGGAGGCAGAGAGGAGGCAGAGAGGAGGCAGAGAGGAGGCAGAGAGGAGGCAGAGAGGUGGCAAAGAGGAGGCAGAGAGGAGGCAGAGAGGAGGCAGAGAGGAGGCAGAGAGGAGGCAGAGAGGAGGCAGAGAGGAGGCAGAGAGGAGGCAGAGAGGAGGCAGAGAGGAGGCAGAGAGGAGGCAGAGAGGAGGCAGAGAGGAGGCAGAGAGGAGGCAGAGAGGAGGCAGAGAGGAGGCAGAGAGGAGGCAGAGAGGAGGCAGAGAGGAGGCAGAGAGGUUGCAGAGAGGUGGCAGAGAGGAGGCAGAGAGGUGGCAGAGAGGAGGCAGAGAGGAGGCAGAGAGGAGGCAGAGAGGAGGCAGAGAGGAGGCAGAGAGGAGGCAGAGAGGAGGCAGAGAGGAGGCAGAGAGGAGGCAGAGAGGAGGCAGAGAGGAGGCAGAGAGGAGGCAGAGAGGAGGCAGAGAGGAGGCAGAGAGGAGGCAGAGAGGAGGCAGAGAGGAGGCAGAGAGGAGGCAGAGAGGAGGCAGAGAGGAGGCAGAGAGGAGGCAGAGAGGAGGCAGAGAGGAGGCAGAGAGGAGGCAGAGAGGAGGCAGAGAGGAGGCAGAGAGGUGGCAGGCAGUAGGUGGAAGGUGGGUUGGUUCAGUGGCUCACGGAAUACUCGUAGUGCUGAUGCCGGUUCCUGCCGAGGGAGGAAACAAACUAUAA